CACGUUAGUACGCAUGCGCUCAGCAAUCGCGGCCUGUGGGCCGUGCAGUUUCUAGUGGACCCGCAGCGUGGACCCCCCCUAGGCCCGAGCUCUAAGGGGAAGUGAAGAUGGUGGACCAGAGCCCCAAGAAAGGACACCUGCCCACAAAAAGACACCUGUCCUGAGGCCUUGGGUGCUGCUAUGCCCGAUCAUGGUGGCUGGGAGAAAGGAUCUGAGGGGUCAGAAGGUGGAGACAACAGCAGGGAGCCAUCAUUGACCAUGGAAGACGUGGACCUCAUGCUUGAGAAGAGAGGUGAAAAUCAUUUAUGUGGCCCAGCCCUUCCCCUGGACAGGCCUAUGGCGGCAGUGGCGGAGGAAGAGGAGGAGGAGGAGGAGGAAGAAAAGGCCUCCGGGCUCCUGGCAGCCAGCUUGCAGGAAUCAGUGACCUUCAAGGACGUGGCCGUGCACUUCACCUGGGAGGAGUGGAGACUUCUGAAGCCUGCUCAGAGGGCCCUGUACAGAAACGUGAUGCUGGAGACCUUGGAGCACCUUUUCUCCCUAGGGCUGUCUGUUUCCAAACUGGAUCUGAACUCCCUAUUGGAGAGAGAUGAAGCGCCCUGGACCCCCAAGCGAGACAUGCCCAGAAGGCGCUGUCCAGAUUCCCUUCAUCAGGAGACACAGUGUGAAACCAAGGACUUAAGUCUGAUAUCAGACAUUUGGAUGGGAACCUCAUCCAGCAAAAUUCUGCCAAAGGAUAGUUCCUGGUAUUCCAUAAUAAGGGAAGCUCAUUUCAAAUUAGAAAGACACAAGGACACCCAAGGGACAGUGUCUGGACAAGUACCAGACCCUCCUCAAACAGCCUUUAAUAGAGUGAGUGUGCCUCUCUGUAAUACCUUUGCAAGAAGUUUGAAUCUGGGCUCGGUCUUUGUUCCGCUCUGCAGAGGUGCUACAGAAGAGAGUUUUCAUAAAUUUCCAAUGCUUGGAAAGAGCUUCUGGGAUUUUUUAAACCUAAUUACAUCUAAUGCAUUAUCUUUAGAAAAGAAUCUUUCUAAAUAUGACAGAUACAAGAAGCCUUUCAGUUACCACUCAGACCUAAUUAAAUUUCAUCAGAUACGUGUGGGAGAGAAGCUCCGUGAACACAGUGAAUGUAGAGAAGCCUUUGACGGAAGAUCAGAUCUUACUGGACAUCAGAGAAGUAGAAUUGGAGAGAAACAUUAUAAAUGUGAUGAAUGUGGAAAAGCCUUUAACCACAGGGGAAGCUUAACUAAACAUACUAGAAUUCAUACUGGAGAGAAACCUUUUGAAUGUAGUGAUUGUGGGAAAGCCUUCAGUGAGAGAGGAAAACUCAAGAGCCAUCAGAGAAUUCAUACUGGAGUAAAGCCCUUUGAAUGUAAUGAGUGUGGGAAAGCCUUCAGUGUGAGGGGAAAUCUCAACGCACAUCAUCGAACUCAUACAGGAGUGAAACCCUUUGAAUGUAAUGAAUGUGGGAAAGGCUUCAGUGAGAGUAGAUUACUCAAAAGUCACCAGAUAACUCAUACUGGAGUAAAGCCAUUUGAGUGUAAUGAAUGUGGAAAAGCCUUCAAUCAGAAAGGAAACCUUAUGAGCCACCAGAGAACUCAUACUGGAAUGAAACCUUUUCAGUGUAACAAAUGUGGGAAAACCUUCAACCAGAAGCGUUUCCUUAAAAGUCAUCAGAAAAUUCAUACUGAAGAGAAGCCUUUUGAAUGUAACGAAUGUGGAAAGGCCUUCAGCCAGAAAGGUUACCUUAAGAAUCAUAAAAGAAUUCAUAGUGGAGAAAAACCAUUUGAAUGUAAUGAAUGUGGGAAAGCCUUCCGUCGAAAAGGAUACCUCAUAACUCAUCAGAGAACUCAUACUGGAGUGAAAGCUGUUGAGUGUAAGGAAUGUGGGAAAGCCUUUAGCCAGAAGGGUUACCUUAAAAGUCAUCAGAGAAUUCAUGCUGGAGAGAAACCCUUUGUAUGUAAUGAAUGUGGGAAAGCCUUCAGCCAGAAGAGUUAUCUUAAAAGUCAUCAUAGAAUCCAUACUGGAGAGAAACCAUUUAAAUGUAAUGAAUGUGGGAAAACCUUCAGCCAUAAGGGUUAUCUCAAAAGCCAUCAGAAAAUACAUGUUGGAAAGAAAUUAUUUGAACAAAGUCAAUGUGAGAAAGACUUCAACCAGAAUUGCCUUGAUGGCCAUCAGACAAUUAAUAGUGGAAUAGAGUCCUUUGAAUAUAAUGAAUGUGGCAAAGCCUUUGCUGAGAAGGAAGCCCUUAUUAGACAUCAGAGAACUCACACUGAUGUGAAACCUUUUGAAUGUAAUGAAUUUGGGAAAGGCUUCUGCAGAAAAGCACAUCUUGUUACCCAUCACAGAUUUCAGACUGGGUUAAAACUUUUUGAAUGUAAAUAAAUGUGGGGAAAGCCUUCAGCCAAAGUAUAUACUUUAUUACCCAUAAGAAUACUUACACUUUAGAGAAACAGUUUUAAUAUAAUAAAUGGGAAAAGGGCUUCUGAGAAAUGGAGAGCCUUAUAACAUCAGAGAACUCAUCUUGGAGUGCAACAUUUUGAGUAUAAUAAAUAUCUUUAUUGAGAUGAGGUUAUGCCAAGGUAAAUGGCCAGCAAUUAGGAAAUGGCUAAACAAAUUGUUAUAUGUUAGUAUAAUGGGGCAUGAUUGUGCUGUAAGAAAUGAUGAAUAUGGUAAAUUUAAAGAAGUAUGCAAAACAUGGAUAGAGAAGGAAGUAAAUGGCUGUAACAAUAUAUAUGACUCCAACAAUGUAAAUGGAAAGAACAAGAAAAAAGAAACUGAACAAUAUGUCAUUUUAGUAUCCAGGUAUGGUCCUAGAGAAUGAGGGAAAAGCAUCUUUCACUUCUUUGUGGAAGUUGGCAACUGUGUGUAAUACUGCUUAUGCUUUGCUACUUUCCUGGUGUUUUGGUUACUUUUGUUUACUUUUGUUGACUGCUUUUUGUUCCUUUUCCUCCCCUUCUUCAUGCCCCCCUCCGCUGCCCUCCAGAGUGGCCCACUGGAGGAAAAGUUGGGGGAAGGAUUUAUUUGGAAAUGAAAGUGGUAUAAGAAAAAAAAUACACCAAUGAAUUUAUCCUUUAAGAACUAUUAAACAAAGGGCAGAUUAUGCAAGUUUGAAAUUAGAUCCUUUUCUUGACAAUACUACCAAAUGUGUAGAUUGAGAAAUGUUGUAGACAUGAUUGACUGAUGUUUCAGCAGAGCAUUUUAUAAAUCCUCCCAAGAAGAGGUGGUGAAAUCGGGGUACACAAUGGAACGAUCCAAUGGAUUCAGGACAAUUGGAAUGACUUGCCCCGCAGAGUAGUUGAUGUCAGACUUCAAGCCCUAGCAUGAAUUGCCCCAGGGCAUGCUUGGACCCAUACUAUUUUAACAUCUUUAUCUAUGGCCAAUAAGGUCAUAGAUGCCAUGUUCAUAAAAUAUUCAAAUCUAGGAAGGAUAGCUGACGUUUCAAAUAUUGGAAUCUGAAUCUGGUAAGAUCUUUGCAGUCUGGAUAAUGGUAUCCAGUUUUUUUGAUUGUACACUUCUAGCAAUAAAAAUUGGAACAUGCUCCCCACAUAUAUGUAAAUUCACUUAUUUAGCAAUAAGUGAUUGACUUAUCUAGAAAUCUUUUACCUGUGCUAUUUAAUCAAUGUAGCUGAGUGGCGUAGUAGAUACAGUGCCUGGCAAGUCAGACAUGACUAAAAUCACUUAAUCACAGCUUUAUGAAUAAUUAGGUAAAUAAUUUUUAAAAUACAAUUUAAAAAGACAAAGAUGAAAUAUUUGAUUCUAAAGUCUGUGGGGGAGCCACUAGAGUUUACUGGGUAGGGGAAGGCCACGGUCAGAGCUUUGCAUUAGGAAAAUCACUUUGGAAGCUUUGUGUGGGAUGAAUUUCAGCAGGGAGAUCAGUUAGGAGGCUUUAAAGGAAGGUAGGAGGUGAUGAAGGCCUGUUGGCUAUAUGCAUAAAAAGAAGGGGACAGAUGUAGAAAUGUUGUGGAGGUAGAAGUGACAAGAUAUGGCAACUAAUUCAGUGUGUGGGAUGAGAGAGGUGGAAGACUAAGGUUAUGAAGCUGAAUGACAAGAAGGACUGUGGUACCUUCAACAGGAAUAGGGAAGCGUGGAAAAGCAGUAGCAUUUUAAGGAAAUGUAAAGAGCUAUGUUUUGGACACAGCUGUGGGACAUCAGAUUCAGAAAGUUAGUAGAUCUUUAAUGAUGUGGGGUUGGAGAGCAGAAUGGAAAUUAGGCCUGGAUCUUUAAUUUUAGGAGUCAUCUGUACAGAGAUGAUAAUUAAACCGAUAAGACUGAUUAAGUCGACAUGUGAGUGUAUGGAGAAGAGCGCCCAAGACUGACUUGGGCAAUAUUUGCGUUUAGGGGAAGUCAUGUGGGUGAUGAUCCUGCUACAGAGAUUUGAGGAGGAAGUCACAACCAGAAGAACCAAGAUGGAGCCUCGGAAUGAGAAGUCAUCGAGGAGGAAGUAAAUCUGGGAAGAGAGGGUAGUCAGUGGGGUCGUGCUGCAGAGAUUUGAGGAGGAAGUCACAACCAGAAGAACCAAGAUGGCGCCUCGGAGUGAGAAGUCAUCGAGGAGGAAGUAAAUCUGGGAAGAGAGAGUAGUCGGUGGGUUCGUGCUGCAGAGGUACAGAAGAGUGAGGACUGAUAAAAGGCUACGUGCUUUUGGCAAAUUGAUCAUUGGUAACUUUCAAGAGAGCACUUUCAUUUAAGUCAAGGAUAACAAGGAGGUUGCCUGGCAGACUCUAAGGCUGGAGGUGCCCUUAUGGAAAAAGGGAUAAGUUUGAGAAAAAAGAUAAUGUGAUCACAACCCAUCCGUGCCUAUUCAUCCUGGGUUACUUCUUUCUCAUGAGAAAAUGAAGCAUGUGGAGUAAUACUCCCCUUCCAUUGCUCCUGAGGUCAGAGCCCAUCCACUGAUGGCAACCAAACUCGGGAUUUUAAUUUUGCCUGUGCUCCUGCCGAUGGUGUCUUCUUUGGUUUAGACUUUAGUGGCCCUAGGCAGCCACAGAAGGUAGGCCAGCAGUGAGAAGGGUCAGAAUGGGGAAGUGUUGGAGGGAAUAGAGUGUGUGGGCUUGUGACAAGCCCAGGACUGUCUUGGGGUAAAAGUGGAUACAACCCGUAUUUCUCCUUUCUGACUGAUCACACGCUGGGGUCAAGUUGUGGCCCACAUUGCCACUGCUGACCAAGACUAUAUGUUCAAAUAUUAUAACUUACAUUUGAAUUUUUUUUUUAAUAAUUUCUGAAGUCCAAGAUAGGGGAGGAAUGGAUCAGCAGCAGCUUGCAAAGACUGAAUUUUUUUUUUUUUGCUAGAUUGCACGCUCAAUAUGGCAGUCGGGAAUCCUAAUGCAAUCUUGGGGUGCGUUAAGGGGGUGCACUAAAGUUGCGUCAUUGUCUGGAAGUAGGAAGUUAUCUAUUGAACCAUUUUACAUUGUAUUCCACCCUAGUCAGACUAUAUCUGUGUUCAUUUCCAUGCAACACAAUUUAAGAAGAAAGUAGUAUGAUGGGGUUUUUUUUCCUCUGGAAAAGGGCAAAGUGGGGGGUGGAGGGCCCUCUGAAGGUGUUCAUGCCUUGUGGAGAUCAUUGCAUGGGUCUAGGGAUGUUUAGCUUUGAGUAGAGGAGACUCCUGGGGAACAUGACAGAACCAGAACCCAAAGAGCUUUCAGGUAUGGAUGUAGCGUUAGACUUACUCUGCUGGGUAACAAAGGGCAGAUCUAGGAGCCGAGGGAAAGUUUCACAGGGACAGCUUUAGGCUUGAUACAAGAAGAAAGUCUCCAAAUGUGGAACGAAAUGCCCAGCAAGUAGAGAAUCGCCCUGGCGUGUGGCAGAUGAUCCUUUUAGGGGCUCUGUGUUCGACUGGAUAGCCCAAGGGAGGCUCCUUCUAACUGAAACUAGAAUUCUGAUCCUGCGACUUAGUGAAUAUUGGAAGCCUUCACUCAGAAUAUGACCUUAAAUACCAGAGAGCUCAUUGGAAAGGAGCCCGUGAACGAUAAAAACAAGACUCGGGAGAAAACUUAGGAGAGUCCACGCCAAUGGCUGAUCCUGCACCUUCCCCAUUUCACAUCUUACCCCGCUCUCUCCUUCACUCCUGGUUUUGGAUGAGGACGUGGCCGUCCUCUCCAAGGCAAACGUCUCUACACAGGUGGAUCUCAUUCCAUCCUUCUCCAGGACUUGCUCCCACUGUCAUCCCUAUUCUUUCCCCCAUCUUCAGUCUGUCUUUGGGUUCUGACUGCUUCCCUGUCACUCACAAACAAACCUGUGUCAGCCCAUCCUUAAAAACACUUGAUCUGAUCUGACCCAUCCCUGCCAGCUAUUGCCCAUCUUUUCUGUUCACCUGGAGUCCUUGAGAACGCGCCACCCUCGGUGCCUGCACUUUUUGUCCCCAUUCAUUCUUCAGUCCUCCAUAGCAGGCCUGCACAACGGUCACCUGCAGCAGGUCACCUGCAGCAGGCGGGCCAAAGGCUUUCCUCUACAUACAAAGGAUGUUUUCCUCUACAUUUUCCGGGGGAACAGCCUGAGGGUUGCAGAUUGGGCAGGCCUGCUCUGCAGUCUAACUUCUGACUUAGUUAUCGAUGAUCCGGUGCUUGCCAGAUUAAUUCUCGACCUUUCCGCAGCCUUUAACAUCGUUGACCACUGCGUCCUGAAUGUUCUCAAGGUUUUUCAACACUGUUCGUUUCCAUUUGUGAUAUUUGUCAGGCCAGGGACCUGAAGCCUUGGGAUGCACACAUUUUUGGACGUGGAGGAUGUAGGAGGGCUGGUUUUUUCUGUGAACAUUUUAUGAAUGGAAGGAAGAGUGGGACAGAUUAAUAAAAAAUGCUUCCUGCUUGAAAUUUUAAAAACUG